AUGUCUGUGGUGAAAAUCCUGUGCUGUUUGCUGUUAAUGUAUCACAUCAAUGAGGGGAAGAAAAUUAAAGGAAGCAGAGCAGCGACCACAGAGCAGAGGGGCGUCCUGAAUGUGAAAGAGCCGUAUGUCAGCAGCUCAGUCUUCAGUCUGUUUAUUGAAGGUGAGGACACCUGCACACUGGACCCUCUGCAGCUGCACACUCUCACCUCCUGUGGCUUCAACAGCAGUAAUCCCCUCAUCAUCAUCACUCACGGGUGGUCGGUGGAUGGUAUGAUGGAGAGCUGGGUGCUCAGGUUAGCCACAGUCCUGAAGACAAAGCUAAUAGACGUCAAUGUAGUGAUUACCAACUGGCUGUCCCUGGCUCACCAGCACUAUCCUACAGCAGUACAGAGUACCCGUACUGUUGGAAAAGACAUAGCUCACCUGCUGCACUCACUUCGGGAACACUACAAGUACCCAGUUAGAAAGGCUCAUUUGAUUGGCUACAGUCUUGGCGCUCACAUCUCUGGAUUUGCUGGAAGCUAUCUGGAAGGUUCAGAGAAGAUUGGAAGAAUUACCGGUCUUGAUCCUGCAGGGCCCUUGUUUGAAGGCAUGGCUCCCAUAGACAGACUGUCUCCUGAUGACGCUGAAUUUGUGGAUGCCAUUCACACAUUCACCCAUGAACGUAUGGGCCUCAGUGUGGGCAUCAAGCAAGCAGUGGCACAUUAUGACUUUUACCCCAAUGGAGGAGACUUCCAACCAGGAUGUGACCUGCAAAACAUUUACGAGCACAUAGCCCAGUACGGGCUCCUCGGUUUUGAGCAGACAGUGAAAUGUGCUCAUGAGCGAUCAGUCCAUCUGUUCAUGGACUCCCUGCUGAAUAAAGACAAGCAGAGCAUGGCCUACAGGUGCAGUGACAACAGCGCUUUUGACAAAGGUGUCUGUCUGGACUGUCGGAAGAACCGUUGCAACACACUGGGCUAUAAUAUCAAGAAGGUUCGCACCAGCAGCAACAAGAGGCUCUACUUAAAAACCCGCUCUCGGAUGCCCUACAAACUCUAUCAUUACCAGUUCAGGAUCCAGUUUGUCAACCAGAUGGAGAGGAUCAAUCCCUCCCUCACCAUCUCCCUCACUGGAACAAAAGAGGAGAGCGGAGAACUCCCCAUUACCUUCUCUGAGCAGAUUUCAGGUAAUAAGACAUACACCUUCCUGAUCACCCUGGACAAAGACUUAGGGGAUCUGAUGAUGCUCAAGCUCCACUGGGAGGGAUCGGCUUUAUGGAAGAACAUGUGGAACCGGGUGCAGACCAUGAUUCCUUGGGGCAGCCGGGAGAUCAAACCACUGCUGAAUUUGGGCAAGAUCAGCGUCAAAGCAGGCGAAACGCAGGACAGGACAUCUUUUUGUGCCAUGACAAAUGAUGGACAGCAUGUGGAAGUGUCGCAAGAUAAAGUAUUUGUGCGCUGUGAAGAGGACGCACCAAAACAGCGCAGAAGAAAGCACCGGCUAAUAUAGACUGUGUGAGUUCCUAAUCUGUUCAACAGA